CGAUACUUAUUUUUGAAUUUCGAAAUUAUAAAAGAGGAGGACGAGUUUGUGAUUAUUGGUAUUAAUGUUGUGAGCCUGGUGUGCUUGUAUAUGGUUUACGUAGUUGGAGUAGGAUUUGUUUGGGUCGAUUGGGAUAUAUAUACUUUUUAG